UGAGCGUACUCCUCUGGUUGUUAAUGACAGUGUCAGUUCUGGAUGUGAGGAGUAGCAUCCUGUCACUGAGCGUACUCCUCUGGUUGUUAAUGACAGUGUCAGUUCUGGAUGUGAGGAGUAGCAUCCUGUCACUGAGCGUACUCCUCUGGUUGUUAAUGACAGUGUCAGUUCUGGAUUUGAGGAGUAGCACAAUGUCACUGAGCGUGACAGUGUGCAGAGGCUGCCUGACAUUAUCCAUAAUGGACAGCAGUUUGUGCAGAGUCCUCCUCAGGAAGUACAGCCUGCUUUUGCUCUUUUUGUACAGGUGCUGUGUGUUGUAUGUCCAGUCCAGUUUAUUGUCCACCCACAGCCAAUAAACUGGACUGGACAUUCCAGAAAAUGGGUGUGCGAUAUCUGAGUUUAUGCUAUGUUUGACCGAUGAAGUAUUAACAUUUAAAUCUGUGGAAUUUAAUGAAAACUAUAUUAUACGUUCUUUCUGAAUCCAUUUAAAUCUGACGGCCAGCGUUUUCCCUCGCCAUUGUCUUCCUCAUUCCUGCCCUCUGGCUGCAAUGUUUGAAGAAUCAGUAUUAGAUGGCUAGACACUGUGCAUAUCUAAUGUCCUGGCAGUGGUCGAAUCUGCCCUACGCUGGACAUUCCUAGGUUUGGUGGAAAUCAGUCUGGAAUCUAUUACCAGUCUGCUGCUAAAGUUGUAGAUGUAACUGAAGACUGUUCCUACAUUGGGGGAGGGGGGUUGAUUUAGAAAGAAAAAUGAUUAAUAGUGGGUCAGAUGGGAAAGGGAUGGAAUCUAAUAGAAAUGUCUGUCUAUCAGGACGUGACGCUCUGCGAGUGACGCAAAGUGGCAGCAAGGUUAACAUUGAGAGAUUGGAACAAGAUACUGGUCACCAUGUAGGGUCAGGUACACAAACGUCAAACGGAUAUGAGCACGGAAAUUAAUGUGAUUGUGCUUUAGCCAGGAGGUUUUUGUUGAGCUUUUUUUUUUGCAAAAUGUUGAAUCUUUAAAUCACCUGUGUUAUAAAGAUAUCAACAUUCACAAUUUAUCAGGCCUAUAUAAUUACCUUUCUUUGUAAAACCUUUUUUCAGCUAGAAAUUAAUUCAGGGUGGUAAACACUAACCCUACCACUAAUUCAUUUGGACGAUUAACCAGUCAAGGUGUGUUUUUGAAGAACAGUCAAAGAAAUCACCGCAUUCUGGGACUGUGAAGAUUUUCUGAUAAUCUGUCAAUAGAUGCGGAUCGUUUCUCAACCAUGAUGAAAUUUUGACUUUAAAAUCUUCUUGUGUUCGAUUUAGUCUGAUAGAAUCAGGUACUGUGUCAGGGUCGGGGGAAAAAGUUUGAAAUAAAUAUAACUAAUAUCUUGGGGGGUGGGAAUUAAGUUGAAAUUUUCAUCGAAACGGAAGCCAAUAUUAUGUUCAAGGGAAGAUUGCAUUUUUAACCCCUACGCAAAACUAACAUAGCUUGGUUUUGAUAACUGGACAUUUGGAUUUGGCCUUAGAAACCAGGUCUCCAGUGAUAAAUCAACAUUAUUAAUAUUGCAUCAGCUGAUGUCAGUACCUACAGUAUAAAAUGGAUUUCUUGACGGUCGGGGGCAAUGAGCUGCUUCUCCUGAGUUCAGCGUCUGUUAGCACUAUGGUCAUCGGACGGCUCAGGCUUCUGGGCGUCAUCGGCUCCCUGCUUUUUCUUCUGGUUAAUUGUGACGAGUCGCUGGAAAUGCGUUCCCCGGAGAACCAGGACAAGACCCAAGAAGAGAAAGAGCUGAUCGAAGCCUUGCAGGAAGUCCUAGAAAAACUGAAGAAUAAGCGACUGCCGUCAGCCGAGAAGAAAUUAGGCUGGGUCCCAUCGUGCGAUGCAGGCGAACAGUGUGCGGUGCGCAAGGGCGCGAGGAUCGGAAGGCUGUGCAACUGUCCGCGAGGGACCUCCUGUAACUUCUCCAUCUUGAAGUGCUUGUAGAAAAAAAAUCCAAAAACAAUAAACUGGGGUUUGUUUACUCUAUUGUGCAUUACAGUAAAUCAAAACAUAUCGUUGUCAUUUAUUCCGUUUCUGGAACAUCUGAUCUUAGGUUGUCUGAAUAUCUUGAAACAGAUUUCAUUGUUGGAAGUCGAUUUAGGAUCAACAUUUGUAGCGCUUUGAAUUUUGUACCAAUAUCAAAACACUCUAUUUGCAGCUUAAAGGGGCUAAGCACACGUAAAUGACCCUUUAUGGAAUAUGUUGUUAGUGGCUUAGCAUAAGUUCAUGAGCUGCACCUCAUUUCAGCAUGCCUCAGGUUACAGCUGCAUGCUUUAUAUGGCAGUAAAAUACUCCCCAGCUAUACUUGUAUAAUCGUAUAUAUAGGUAAUUUAAUGUCGCCCCUAAUUUGCCACUGUCUCCCAAAUUCAUUCUCCCUUUUAUGUUCCCUGCUUAAUCACAACACAAAUUUAUAAUUUAAUAUUUGCUUAGUUUAUGUGUUAUGUGAAAUUUCACGUCACUUUAGAAUAUGGUAAUUAGGGGGUAUAUAUAUAUAUAUAUCCUUCCUUUGCAGAAAACAGAAAAAAAUGGUUGCUGAAAACUGUAUU